UCAGCACCAGCCUUCCUGUUUUUCCGGGAAGCGGACGACAGCAACAAGACGGCGUGCGUGCCGCAUUAUCCCGGCAGCGGCAACGGCUGGAAGAUCUUCUCUAAUUUUGAAGUGAAUGCCGUGGGCUGGCUCAUGCCCCUGGCCAUCCUCAUUUUCUGCUACUACAACAUCCUGAAAAACCUGCACAAAUGCCACACUCGGAACAAGUACAAAGCAAUGAAGCUCGUGUUUACUGUGGUCGCCGUGUUCUUCCUCUUCUGGACGCCCAUCAACRUAGUGCUUUUCCUGGACUCUCUGCAGAAUAUGUAUAUCCUCGACGACUGUCGCACAAGCAAAAGGCUCGCUCUAGCCAYGGAGCUGGCCGAGGCUUUCUCCUUUGCCCACUGCUGCCUCAACCCAGUCAUCUACGCUUUUGUGGGUGAGAAGUUCAAGAAGUAUCUCUGCGAGGCUUUGGGGAAAUACGCACGGUUCCUCCUGAUCUGCAAAGACUACAGGACUUUCAGCGGGCACAGCUCGGACAAACAUUCCUCUGUCCUGCCAGUAUCCUCACAGUCUUCCUUCAUGGAUACUAUCUUAUAGAGCACGAUAGCAAAAACUUCCAUCUUGCCUGGGUACCCUGAAAUUUCUGACAUCUAUUUAGUCAAUAAAGUCUUCAUAUU